GUAUUAAUUGAAGAAACAGACCAAUUAUGGAAAGUUCAUUGCCACCGAGACUUUAAGGAAGAAAGACCAGAAGAGUACGAGUCUUGGCGGGAGAUGUACCUGCGGCUUCAGGAUGCUCGAGAGCAACGGCUGCGAGUGUUAACCAAGAAUAUCCGAUCUGCACAUGCCAACAAACCCAAGGGCCGACAAGCCAAGAUGGCCUUUGUCAACUCGGUGGCCAAGCCACCCCGUGAUGUGCGACGAAGGCAGGAGAAGUUUGGAACGGGAGGGGCAGCUGUCCCUGAGAAAGUCAGGAUUAAGCCAGCCCCGUACACAUCAGGAAGCAGCCAUGUUCCCGCCAGUAGCAGCAAUAGCUUCACUGCCAGCCCAGAGGAGCCAGCCUAUGACGGCCCCAGUACCAGCAGUGCUCACCUGGCUCCAGUGGUCAGCAGCAGUGUGUGCUAUGAUCCUAGAAAACCCGCUGUGAAGA